AUGCCUGUCAGCUCUGUGAUCAUUGAUGCUAGUUGCCGCAGGCGUACCGUGGACCCAAACAUUGAAGGGGCACGGGCAUCGGGGUGGGUGUGGCGCCGGCGUUACUCAUACACCCACCACCGUACACCCACCCUCGUACACCCACACUCGUACACCCAUCCCCAUACACCCACCCUCAUACACCCACCCUCCUACACCAACCCUCAUACACCCACCCUCAUACACCCACCCUCAUACACCCACCCUCGUACACCCACCCUCGUACAACCACCCUCGUACACCCACACUCGUAAACCCACACUAGUACACCCACCACCGUACACCCACCCUCGUACACCCACACUCGUACACCCAUCCCCAUACACCCACCCUCAUACACCCACCCUCCUACACCAACCCUCAUACACCCACCCUCAUACACCCACCCUCGUACACCCACCCUCGUACACCCACCCUCGUACACCCACCCUCAUACACCCACCAUCAUACACCCACCCUCGUACACCCACCCUCGUACACCCACCCUCAUACACCCACCAUCAUACACCCACCAUCAUACACCCACCCUCGUACACCCACACUCGUACACCCACCCUCAUACACGCAACCUCCUACACCAACCCUCAUACACCCACCCUCAUACACCCACCCUCAUACACCCACCCUCAUACACCCACCCUCAUACACCCACCCUCAUACACCCACCCUCAUACACCCACCCUCGUACAACCACCCUCGUACACCCACACUCGUACACCCACCCUCAUACACCCACCCUCAUACACCCACCCUCGUACAACCACCCUCGUACACCCACACUCGUACACCCACCCUCAUACACGCAACCUCCUACACCAACCCUCAUAUACCCACCCUCAUACACCCACCCUCGUACACCCACCCUCAUACACCCACCAUCAUACACCCACCCUCGUACACCCACCCUCAUACACGCAACCUCCUACACCAACCCUCAUACCCCACCCUCAUACACCCACCCUCAUACACCCACCCUCGUACAACCACCCUCGUACAACCACCCUCAUACACCCACCCUCAUACACGCACCCUCAUACACCCACCCUCAUACCAACACACCCACGCACCCUUAAGCCCGGUGCAUACUACACGAAUUGA